AUGCGGCUUGCAGCGCGGGCUCGGGGCACGCUGAGGUGCGGCGAUGUCCUUAGUAGGGUUGGCACAGCACUGUUGUCAACAUCCUCAUUACGACUCACUGAGGGUGUGGUGGUAUACUCAGAUGGGGGAUGAGCUCACUACCCCCCCUGGCACACAACAUGGAUGUGAAUGAGUGUGAGGACACCUCUAUAUGCCCAGCUUAUGCCACCUGCACCAACACUGAAAACAGUUAUUUCUGCACCUGUAAACGAGGAUUUCAGUCCAGCAAUGGGAAAAAUUGGUUCAAGGGCCCAGGAGUGGCAUGUGAAGAUAUUGAUGAAUGUAUUCAAAGUCCAUCACCUUGUGGUCCUUACUCCACUUGCACGAACAUGCCAGGGAGAUACCAGUGCAGCUGUGAUCCCGGCUUCUCUUCUCCCACUGGAAACAACUGGGUCAGAGGAAGUAAGGGCCACUUCACGUGUAAAGAUGUUGACGAGUGUCAGACCGCUGGGAUCUGCCCUGAACACUCCUUCUGCUCCAAUUCUGUGGGAAGUUAUGGCUGCACAUGCCAGGAUGGAUUCAUCUUCAAUAACUCGACUUGUGAAGAUGUGGAUGAGUGUUCCAAGAUCUCAACUCUCUGUGGUCCUACUUCCAUUUGUACUAACACCCUGGGAUCCUACACCUGUUCCUGCCUUCCUGGAUAUGAGAUGGAAAUAUUUCAGAUCCUUGGUUACACAGUGGAUAUUAUAUGUAUAGAUAUUGAUGAGUGCAAAGACAAGUGCCCCUUCAAUUCAACAUGCACCAACACUCCAGGGGGCUACUUCUGCACCUGCCACCCUGGCUUUGAACCAAGCAAUGGGCAGCUGAAUUUCACAGACCUAGAAGUGGAAUGUAGAGAUGCUGAUGAAUGCCUCCAAGAUCCAUCAACAUGUGGUCAAAAUUCUGUCUGCACCAAUGUUCCAGGCUCCUACAGCUGCGACUGCCUCGCAGGCUUCAAACCACACCCAGAAGGCUCCCAUAGAUAUGGCAAUUUCAGCUGCAAAAGGGUUCCCUUCAAGUGUAAGGAAGAUGUGGUGCCCCACAGUGAGCAGGUUCAGCAGUGCCAUGCAGGAGCCACCACACAGCCUGAAUAUGUGUCCUUCUGUGCGCUAGUCAGUGCCACUUUCAACAUUCUGGAUGGUGUCUGUGAAAACAAAACCACUGCAGUUUCCCUACAGAGUACAGUGGACAGCUUCUCUUCAGUACUGGAAAACACAUCCACCUGGACCCAAUUCAGCAAGGAGGAGAGUUCCACGCUGGCCAGGGUCUUGCUGGACAGUGUAGAAAGCACCACAUUAGCAGCUCUUCUGAGACCCUCGGAGAAUGCCAGUCAGACUAUCCAGACAGAGUAUUUAGAUAUUGAAAGUAAAGUCAUCAAGGAAGAAUGUGACAAGGAGAACACGUCCUUUAACUUGAAAGCCAAGGGGGAUGAGAUGAGGAUUGGGUGUUCAGUCAUUGAGGAAUCGGAAUCCACAGGGACUACUGGAGUGGCUUUUGUGUCCUUUGCACACAUGGAGCUGGUUUUAGAUGAGCGCUUCUUCCAAGACACUCAGACCUCCUGGACCAAGUCUGAAAGAAAGCUGAAGAUGAAUUCCCGUGUUGUUGGGGGCAUCAUGACUGGGGAGAAGAAAGAAAACUUCUCCAAUCCAGUCGUCUACACUCUGGAGCACAUCCAGCCAAAGCAGAACUUCGAGAGUCCCAUCUGUGUUUCAUGGAGAACAGAGAUGGAGCAUGGGAGAUGGACAUCCUCCGGCUGUGUGAUUCUGAAAGCUUCUGACACACACACAGUUUGCAGCUGUACUCGGAUGGCAAACUUGGCCAUCAUCAUGGCUUCUGGGGAGCUCACGAUGGAGUUCUCCUUGUACAUCAUUAGCCACGUGGGGACCAUCAUCUCCCUGCUAUGCCUCGUCUUGGCCAUUGCCACCUUCCUGCUAUGUCGUGCCAUCCAGAAUCACAACACCUACCUCCACCUCCAUCUCUGCUUAUGUCUCUUCUUGGCCAAGCUUCUCUUCCUCACGGGUAUAGACAAGACUGACAACCAGACAGCAUGCAGCAUCAUUGCAGGAUUUCUGCACUACCUGUUCCUUGCCUGCUUUUUCUGGAUGCUGGUGGAGGCUGUCAUGCUCUUCCUCAUGGUCAGGAACCUGAAGGUCCUGAAUUACUUCAGCUCCCGCAAUGUCAAGAUCUUGCAUCUCUGUCCAGUUGGCUAUGGGCUCCCUGGACUGGUGGUCAUCAUCUCUGCCAGUGUGCAGCCACAGGGCUAUGGAAUGCAUAAUCGCUGCUGGCUGAACACAGAGACUGGGUUCAUCUGGAGUUUCCUGGGACCAGUUUGCAUAAUUAUAAUAAUCAAUUCCAUCCUCCUCACUUGGACAUUGUGUAUCUUGAGGCAGAAACUCUCCAGCAUUAACUCAGAAGUUUCAACACUGAAAGACACCAGGUUACUGACCUUCAAGGCCUUUGCUCAGAUCUUCAUCUUGGGUUGCUCCUGGGUGCUGGGCAUUUUUCAGAUUGGCCCUGUGGCAGGUACCAUGGCAUACCUGUUUACCCUUAUCAAUAGCCUGCAGGGAGCCUUCAUCUUCUUCAUUCACUGUCUGCUCAACCGCCAGGUACGGGAAGAAUACAGGAAAUGCAUCACUAGGAAGACUGAGCCCAGCUCCCAGUCUCAGACUUCGGGGAUCUUACUGUCGUCCAUGCCCUCCUCUUCCAAGAUGGUGAGGGACUGUGCAAUCUCCACAGAUGCUGGUCAGAAGGAAUGCCUGCCAUUCAGCCAUAUGAAACACUACCAUGUAUCAAGUGCUGGCUGGUGUGAAGGGGUUCACCUCAAAUGA